GCAUAAUUUUAUUAUACGAUGACGAGAGAGUUUGAUAUUAUUAUAUUUGGAGCUAGUAGUUAUUCUGGUGUUUUCAUUAUUGAAGAAUUAGCUAAAGCAGAUAAAUCUAAAUCAAUAAAGUGGGCAAUUGCUGGGCGUAAUAAAACCAAAUUAAUUGAUGCUUUAAAAACUGCUUCUCAAAAUAGUGGUGUUGACUUACAAAACAUUCCACUAUAUCUUGGCGAUGUUAAAGAUGAAAUCACUUUAAAAGAGAUCUGUGCUAAAACAAAACUCUUAAUCAACUGUGUGGGACCUUAUAUAUUUUAUGGUGAACCAGUUGUCAAGGCUUGUGUUGAAAAUGGGACAGAUUACCUAGACAUAUGUGGAGAAACAUUGGUCCUCGAAAAAACUCAACUGAAGUACGAUAAAGCUGCGACCGAGGCCAAGAUGUUUAUCAUUGGCGCUUGCGGAUUCGAUUGCGUUCCUUCAGAUAUGGGCGUCACCUUCGCCGAAAAUAAUUUUGAUGGACAACUUGAUAGAAUGGAAGGAUAUUGCGAAUUUACCGCGAAAGAUUGGGGCGCCAGCCCAGCCCUAAACUACGCCACCUUUUUAUCGGCUCUCAUAAGUCUAACUAAUUAUGACAAGCUCAAAAUGGUCCGAAACCAGUUGAUGCCUAAGAGGUUACCGUUUAACAAAUCGUUCCCUAUGCAGGAUAGGCCGCCUUUGUUCAAAAGCGAAGGCUUGGGAAAUUUGGGAAUCGGGAAAUCAGGAGGCGAUAGCGGCGAAGUCGCUAGCAAAGACGGUUGGUGUUUACCCUUUCCCGGGACAGAUAAAUCUGUCGUGAACAGGAGCCAGUAUUACAUGUAUGAGAAGGAAGGAAAACGACCGCUGCAAUUUAGACCAUAUUUUAAAGUAGAAUCUCUACUAUACGCCAUCUUGACGAUCUUGUUAGGAGGAAUCGUUUACCUUAUGGCCAAAUUCAAGCGGACUAGGAAAUUGAUGGAAAUGUAUCCCCAAAUAUUUACUGGUGGCCAGGUUAGAGUAAACGAUUCUCCAUCCAGACACGAUUUGUCUAAGAGUAGAUUUAGGUGGAUCAUGAUAGCAAAGGGUUAUUCCUAUUCCAAGAAUCCUCAGCUCAGGGACAAAGAUCCCAUGCUUCAGAUGGAGCACCCACCUGAUGCCGGCAUUAAAGUUUGCAUCUCCGGGCCAGAUGCUUAUAAAACGACGGCAAUAUGUGCUACCCAAGUAGCUCUCACCCUCCACAAGGAAAGGAACAAACUGCCUACAGCUGGAGGUGUUUUGACUACCGCGAUAGCUUUCCAUAAGACUGAUCUGAUUCAAAAUCUCAAGGACCACGGAAUAAAGUUCGAAGUUCUAAGCUUGGAGAGCUAGGGAAUUAUUUGUAUCUCUUUUGAUGACAAAACAGAAUAUAUAUUGUUUUUUUUAAUGACCCGUCCUAGCUCAAUAAAUUUUACUACAAAUUUCGUCGCCGAAUUUACGAAUUAAUUUUAUCAAAUGAACGUGUCCAAGACACAUUUCUAGAAAUAGUAAAUAAUUUGCUUAAAUAAUACAUUAAUUGACAAUCCGGUGGAAGAAUUUUGCAGCCAUUUCCAUUGAGCAGGACAGGGUAUAUUUUUGCAUUAUCAAAAUUUGUAAUAUUUUUUUUUAUAUUCUAAAAAAUUUUUAAAAUAUUUUUCUUUUAUUGUAAUAUUAUAAAAUCGCUAUAGUUAUAUUUUUAUUACUAGUAAACAAUCAUUUAUAUAUCUUUUUUUUUCUUUAUAUAAUUCAUAUUCUUCGUGUUAACCAUAUGGACAUUAGAUUAUGUAAUAUAUUUUAUAUAUAUAUUUCAAAUAGUUAAUCAAUUUAUUAAAUAAACCUC